AUGCGCUCUUUCGGGUUUCUGAAGGGCAGCGUUGCGCCUUUGGUCGCCUCUCGAGCGACUGUCGAUCUUUGCGUCAACAACCGAGGCGACGACAGAGUCGCGAACUUCCCUACCUCACCACGUGCAAUUCCAACACCCACGACAGAAUUACCCGACCCCACUCUCACAACCUCUCAGCCAGACCACUCUGCGCCAGCGCAAAUACCAACAGCCGCUGUCCAAGAUCCUACCGCAAUCGCUGCCGCGAUGCUGUCUACAAUGGCAGCUCCGACUACAGUGCUUACAGAAUCACUGCCCGCCGAACAAGCUCCUAAUGGCUUUGAUGAUGUCGCCGACAACGGCUCUAGCAGCUUGAGCGAGCUCGGAGACGCAUCAGACGACCAGUCAGAACCCACACCACGGCCAACUGCAGUAGCAGACAUGGACGAAGAUGAUUCAGAGGCCGAGACCGAGCGGUUACACAACACGCCUCGGAAGCUCGCGCGCACAGGUACAGAGACAUCAUUACUCUCCGAGCCUAUAUAUACGAGAACACCAAGCAAGCUCGCGCAUUCGAAGACUAUCGAACACGACGAAUCGGCUCCUCCCACACCCUCUGCCAUUGGAGACGACGCAACGAUAGGCGAGGCAUCUACAACCGAGAAUCCCCUGCAUUCUCUCUCGCUGAUCGCAGCAUCAGAAGCGGCGAAUCUCGAACAUGUAGGCAUAAAAAGGAAGCGUACCAGUGCCGAAGGAAGUCCAGUAGAUGAGCGUGAAGAGGAACCACUACGGAAGCGAAGCGUAAACGCGAAGGCCUCAGCGCUUGAUGGUCUGGCUGACGCUGCAGCGGACCGACAGGGACAAAUGGACGCAGACGAAGAGCUUGAGAACGCUGAAGAGCACCUAUCGGCCCUCGCACGAGAAGAACUAGAAUUGGAAGAACGACAGGCCAACAUCGCCGCGCAGACUGUCAGCGAAAUGGCCACUGUCGCAAAACACGCGAAACCAAGGAAAGGUGGCAGGAGGGGGAAAAGAAAGACGGAGGACCCUAGCUAUGCCUACGCCGAGACGUUCGCAGCUGCUGAAGCACACGAGGCUGAAGCCGAGGGCGAGCAUGACGACGAGGAUAGCGCGGUGCUCGACGAGGAAGUGACCAAGAAGAAGCAGGCCAUUGACGAACUUGCAAAGAUUGAAAAGAAGUUCAAGCUUUUCCGAGAGAAAUUAUGCGACGAGCAGAUAGCGCAACUCGAACGGGAGCUUGAGAUGCUUAAGCAGCCGAACUGUGUCCACCCCGAGUACGUUGCUAUGAUCAAAUGCGUAGACGAUCGACGCGCCGACAAGAUCGCAUACGAGGCGAGGCUCUUGGAAUACAAGCAGAAGAAUCUAGAGGUAAUCACAGCAGCAGAGCGGCAUCAGAUGCACAGUCAAUACUUCCAGACUGUGCGACACAUCCGCGAGGAGAUUCUUGAAGAGUGCAACCAGCGAGUAUUCGAAAUACAACGUGGGCGACGCCAGCUUGGGUGCGACGAGAUUGAGUACAUGGUACGACUACCUGAAAAGCGGUCAGAUCAGAUCAGACACCAAACAGCGUACAAUCUUGAGGUUUCCGUUCUGUCAGGUGUCGCCAAGUACGUCGGGUUCCCAGCAGCACCAGACAUCAGUGCUGCACGACCAACGGAGAUUGAUGAGGAUCUUCGAGCAAUGAAGAUUGCAACACGUGCUCCAGCACCGCCUCCUUCGUUCCGUACCUACAACAGAACGACAACAGCAGACGAGGCAGCCGCAGAAGAGCAGUUUCUAGAAAGCACGCCAUGGGCCAACCCACGACAUCCCUCACACCAAGAAGGUCGGUAUCCUCCAGGACCGUCCCGCGUACCCAGCUACCAAACACCAGCUGGCCAACGUCGAAUGGUCGAUCUCUCAGCUCCCAACGGCUCUGCCUCUACCAUCGAAGCGAACUCGAACCCCCCGUCAUCGAACGCUCACAACGCAAACGGUCUGCGAGGCGAAGCAGAAUCUCCAGUCCUACACAUGAAGCGCGCGCCGGUCGAUCAUGCAGCGUACGCGGAGACGCCUGGCUCCGAUCCUCGCAACAACAUGGGUGUUCUGAGUAGAGAAACCUAUGGGAUGAUGUCAAGUCCUGCAGCGCAGCACAUGGAUAUACCGCACGAACAAGCUGGCCAACGUUGGGGUGGCAGCAUGCGACCCAUUAACGCAGAGCUAAACACAGCGCCAGGUCCACCGGGUGCAGGCCGACCAGAUGCGGCGCGAGCACCAUUGACACAACGUAGUGGCCUCGGUACUGUCAGUGUUGGCAGCGGCCUGUUUGGACGGUGA